AUGUCCAGCGACUAUCAGCUCCUCACGACCGCUCGCCCGGCGGCUUCGCAGCUCCACAGGGGCACCAUGGUCCUCGCAAUAGUUGCUAAUGUGCGCCCAGAAUACAUGCUUGUUAAUCUUCCGUUUGGAAUACUUGGGAACGUUUCCGAUGUUAACGCAAUAGACUCCGAACGCGUAAGGCCCCUCACAGAACUAUAUAAGGCUGGUGAUUACGUACUCGGUGUUGUAGUUGGCCAAGAUGCCACAGGAAAGCCCAUCUUAGGCCUCAAGCCCUCUCUCUUUCACCAGCGCGACUUUUCGCGCAAAUCUCUAGUUGUCUGUCAGAUAGAAACAGUUGAGGACCACGGCUGGAUCGCAGAAGUUAAGGAUGCCCGGGAAACGAGCUGCUUCCUUUCCAAAUCUAGAGUGCCCGAGGAGCUCCAUUCCAGGCUCAAGCCAGGACUUGUCGUUCAAUGUGCGGUUGUCGAUCUUAACGCCUCAGGAACACUUCUGCAGGUUUCCCUUCAAAAACUUGAUCUAACUGCAGCUGCAGCCUUUGACGGCUAUAAUCAGGUUGUCCCAGGGCAGAUCAUCAAAGCAGAGGUGGUGCAUAACGCAUCAACGCAUUCUGUGGUGCGCCUUAUCAGCACAGGAGGAAAGUCUAGUCAGAAGGGCAUGCGCUCUGCCAAGCUUUAUGGGUAUGUCCUGUCUGAGCAUUUCCGGCGGCCCGCUGAUCCCAGUAGUGGAUAUGCAACAUACACAGGCUUCCAAGGAAAGUUCAAAGUGAUCUAUCUAGAUCUGAAUCCGCAAUCGACCGACGUUGAUGGCCCGCUUAUCUAUUUAUCUAACAUGGACUCUGUUUUGGAUCACGCCGCACCAACACAGAUCUAUAGUGUUGGCCAGGUACUUCAAGAAGGAAAGCUGACCAUGGUCCAAACAGUAAAGGGCGCUGUGUACGCUUCUCUAGACUCCGAUCUCUCGUCGUUUGUCUACAUACCAGUCGAAUCUACACACCAUGGUGCAGCAGCCGAAGCGCAGAUAGGCGAGCCUAUUAACUUGAAAACAAAGAUCAUAGGGUAUAGACAGUUUGACGAUCUCUAUAUAGGAACUGCAAAUCCAGGAGAUAUAGUCUCGUCCACCGAAGCUGAGUACCACUCGGGUAUGAUCAUUGAUAAGAAAAUACCUGUCAAGGUCACAAAGGUUCUUGAUACUGGGGUACAUGUUAGCAUAGAGGUCUCACCAGCACGCUCUCUUCAUGGCAUGAUUAAUCAGCCUCAUUACGGUUCACACCUAAAGGGUCACAACAUUCCAGUCGGGCUUAACAUUAAUAGGCAUCAUGGCACACUUCGAGUAAUUGCAUAUGAUGAGCCACGGCAAGUCUAUUACCUAUCGCUUGCCAAUCUAGGCUCGGAUCCCCUCUUCUCUUCUAAAGACACUGUAAAGCCAGGGAUGGUAUCUCGAGGGGUUGUGACAAGCUUCAUUGACAACGCAAAGUGCUCGGCCGUCAUUCAAUUCACUAAUCUGUAUAAUGGAAUAUGUGCCAAUGCCAAUGGAAUGGAGAUAGGCCAAGUCUAUGAAUUCAUUUGCGUGAGAAACGACGAGAAGUACACGACCGUAGAUCGUCUUUCAGAAUCACAGCGCGGAGACGACGCUGCUAAGCUGCGGUCAAGCUAUGCUGAUGGUCUGAUGAGGGUACUUAACUAUCGGCACUUUAUUAAAUUUGAGCUACCCUAUUCUUUCACUGUGGACGGGGACUGUAGUAAUAAGAUACCCCUGGGCACCAUUCUGAGCAGGGAAAAUGCCACGGUGGAAAUAAGGAGCAUUGCACUCGGAGGAUUCAAGCUCGGGGUCAAGCUCUCCGGAGCACAGGAGGAGUCCAUCCAUGUCUUCCUCCCGCAUGGCUGCAUAGCCUUUCCUGGCAAGUCCGCUGAGCUUGUUAGGCUUUAUUUGGGAGCCAACGACUCUGAGGAAGAGCAGGAUGUCUUCUCUAUCCUGCCAUGCAUUCGGCUCCUCACCAUACUGUCCACUCGAGAUAGGGUUUCUGUGUAUAUUGGAGCUAGCUCUAGCUUUCUUGCUAACAAGGAGCAUGUUCUUCCGGCAGAAACAGAUGUCAUGACAAGAGGACAGACCUAUCAAGCUGUCGUUACACAUAUGUCAGUCAGCGGGCUCACUGCUCGAUUGUCCGCGAAUACUGAGAUAUUCUAUCCUGAUUUUGGAAACCAUGAACUUGACAACAUCUGUCCAUUGACUCUUAUCCAGGUGCGUGUUGUAAAGGUGGGAGAGCGCCGCGCAAAUCGGGACAGGAAAGUUGAUGUAAGUAUUAGCGGAUACUGCCACAAUGGGGUCUUCAAGGCUCCUCUCGGGGCGCAAAAGAUUGAGUCUAUGGUUGAUAGUUCGAUUGCAACAAGGUAUACCAGGCUAGUGCUUCCACAGACUCAACAGCUAAACGAUGGGAUUUCCUCAGCAGGUGAUUGCCAAAAUGGAUCUAUACUAAAGGGAAGCUACCUUUUUUCAAACACGAGCCCAGAUGCAUACUGUGCCAUCUAUGAUCUGGGGUCGGGCAUCGUUGGACGCAUGACCCUUGAGGCUGUAUUACUCAGCCGGCUUGUAGCUAAGCUAGUAGAGACCUCCACAAAGCCAGCACAGCUUUCUUCGCUGAUCACUGCCUUUAGUGAAGAAAUAAUCAAAUUCGUUGCAGGUGGGGAACUCACUCUUACGGCAUACUUUGAAAAGCAUGGGCAUCACUCAGCAUCAGAUAGCAUUGUCGAUGUUUGUGUCAGAAGCCUUGUUACGUUGCAUGGUGACCAGGAGCUUUCUACUAUUUGUGCUGAUACUGACUCCGCAGCAGGUGAGCAGUCCUGCGAAAUUGUAGACUUAUAUCCAGCGUCACUCUCCAUGGCAGGCCUUAGGGCGCUACGCUCUGCUCUUUCCAAGUCUGGGUGCACGUCCAUAGGCAUGGUCCGUUACGUGACAGAGCACUAUAUGCUUCUCCGAGACCUAUUUGAUAACUGCCUUGUGUUUGUUCAUGCAGUUGAUGUUUUUGAGACCCCUGCUGCUGUCCGUCCGCUCCGAGAGUUGUACAAAGAGGGCAGUUUAAUUACAAUAACAUCCUUCACGUCUAAAGAGGUUCCUAAUCCAGUGAUUGUCGCCGGAAUCAACCGAAUCGGUACGCUAGACCCUCUAGAGGAGAACAUGCUUUCCUCACCUGUGGGUCUGUGUUCCAUAGCCAUGACUAAGCCAACGAACACGCUCACAGGGCUCCAGCAUACUAUUUGCCAAGUGCUGCCCUCAGGUGCAUUGCGUCUCAACGGGCACACAUCUAUGUGUUUCCUAACAGCUACAUCUCCUGUGGAGUUCUGCAGUCGAAGAGGCCUAUUCUUGGCGCCGGUGCUCUCCGUAACCAGGCUAUUUAAUGACCCUCAAGACUUCUCAAACCAUGCAGAUGCUUUUGUCCAUGACAUCCUGGGGUACCACAAAUGCAUUCGCAUAGGCCCGGACAACAUAUCUCUGCGGCCUAUAGACUUUCAAGUUUCCUCCAUGUCUCGUCAUUCCUUCAUCUCCGUCGGCCAAGAGCGGCUGUUUCUUCCUCAAACAGCCGAAGAUCUGUCUAUACACGAUACCUAUGUCGGGUUCAUCCGUCCAUACUCCAAGAUAGGUGCAGGGUUGCAAGUUGUGGUCUCCGAGUCCAUCACAAUUCAUGUCAAGAUGAAGGAGAUCUCUGAGGAAUUUAUCAGUCCAGAGGAAGUACAGGAGAAGUACCCAUCUAACACAAUGGUGCGUGUCCGUUACCUAGAUACAAGCACAUUCAACGACAUGCCGCAAUACAAUGGCACAAUUAAGCCUACCGUCGUCAACAACCCCAAUAUCAAGCAUCCAAGCGUUAUCAUUAAGGCUGGUGCAUGUUUAAUUGGCAGAGUUGACAAUGUAAUGGAUGACCGAGGAGUGUUCAUAACCGUUGAGGAUUGCUACCCUUUGACCCGUGUCCGAGCCAGGAUCAGCGACUCCAUUGACGUGUCCGGCCAUGGACCAAUGAACAGCGAAAAGAUCGUUUUAAAUAAUGCUAAUAGGUGCUCUAACAGUUACUACAAAGGCCAACGGUUGUACUUCAUUGUUUUAGAGCCGACUGCUAAAGGAGCAUCGGUGGGUCUGAAGGCGGCACACUUUUUAGCUGCUGGAAUCGACAUCACGAACCUACCCGUUCUGAAGCAGGAUCGGACUCGCCGAAACAAGCAAGACAAGUCACGCGCAAUUCACCAUGAAGAGCUUCUAAACCAAGCGACGACCAGUAGUGAGGCCCAAGGACUCAAGCCACCAGCGGUAGAAGCAGAUCAGAGUAGAUUUGAGCCGGUACGAAAGCGGACACGUAGCUAUGAUCUCUUUGCUGGAGAACUGGAUGAUGAUCACAACCAGAGCCAAGGGUCUGAGAAACAAGAAGAGGAUGAUAAGCAGGAAGAAAAUACCGAAAGCGACUCGUCGGAGACCGAGGGUCCGGUUAUAAAUUUCCUCAACUUUGGUACAUUGAAGCGUCCAGUAGCCGAUGACUCUAGCUAUUCAGAUGACUAUCAGGAAGCAAAUGACGAUAUUCUGAAUAAUGGAGUGCGAGAGUACGAAGUGCGCCAGGCACCAAAAAUGACUGCCGAGCAGAAAAGAGUUAAGGAGGAAAAAGACAUUCGUGAAAGAGAGGAGGAGCUGCUAACGAAUGCUGCCCCGCAGUCAGAGGCAGACUUUGAAAGACUUUUGGCAGGAAACGAGCAGUCUUCGUAUCUCUGGAUUCGGUAUGUCGCUUUCCACGUUGAUAGGGCGAGCAUCGAUAAGGCGGAGGCGGUCCUCGAUCGAGCCAUGACAAAGAUUUGUCCAGACAAGGAGGUAGAUUACAGGAAUCUUUGGUUAGCGAAGAUAGCGUUGAAGGAGAAGUUUCACGGUCCAGAAGCGGGGAUGAAUGAACUCUAUGAGGGAAUACGCAGAAACGAUCCCAAUGAGCUUCUAAGAAUAUACUGCUCCGGAAAGCUAGACCAGGGCGACUGGGAAUCAGCCGCAAGAGGUUACGACGUGCUAUUCUCCAAAAAGGAACGGAAGAGGAUCUAUGAAAACUGGAGGGACUAUUUCUUGUUCCUUUAUAACGUCAAGGGCCAUGAUAUCCCCGCCAAUGUCGUAGAAGGUAACCGUAUAAAGGCGCGAGGGCAGGAACUACAAAAGGCGUCCAGCUGUCUUUCACAGGACGUUCUUCUGCGGUUGCUUUGCGAUUCUGCCCGGGCAGAGUACAAAAUAAAUGACGUUACACGGGGAAGAGCGGCUUUUGACAAACUUGUGGGUACUAUGCCUCAGCGGAUGGAUAUAUGGGGGCAAUACUUAGACAUGGAAGAGAAGCACGUGGCGCCUAUAAAUCCCCAGGACGUACGGUCUCUCUAUGAGCGGUGUUGUGCAUUACGGUUAUCGCUGAAGAAGAUGUCGUAUGUAUUAAAGAGGUUCUAUAACUUCGAGAAGAAGUUCGGCACGGCAACUACACAGGAGCGUGUCAAAGAGAUUGCACGGGCCUAUGCAAACAGCUGA